AUGAAGGGUCUUUUGAUAGCGUUGACAUAUUUCGCCUUCUUUUUACUAACCAUCAAAGCCUCCAAUAUUCCAAUUGAUGGCAAAAUUGUCAAUGGAACUGAAGUAAAUAUCAAAAAUUUUCCAUAUCAAGUAUCAGUUCGAUCAAUGGAUCGUCACAUUUGUGGAGGUUCUAUAAUAUCGGCAGAUAGAAUCCUUACAGCUGCCCACUGCACUGACGGACAAGAUCCGAAAUCAAUGUCAAUUCGUCAUGGAUCAAGCUAUGCCGACUUCGGAAUAAAACAUCAAGUCAUACAAAUCUUUCAAAAUCCUAAUUUUGAUUUUUAUUAUAAACAAUAUGAUGUCUCGGUGAUGAAGAUCCAUCCGCCAAUUAAUUUCACACGGUCAAGUCAACCAGCUAAAUUGGCUAAGAAACGAUUAGCUGAUAAUUCGGAUGUUAUCAUUUGUGGAUGGGGUGUGUUAAGGAAGGAAGAAGAUAUUGAAGACCUGGGUAAAAGACGAUUACGAGCUGUGACUGUUCAGGUUGUUAACAUGGAAAAAUGUCAGGAACUCUAUCGUUGGCAAGUACAUGAUUUGGCUAUGUGCGCUGCUGCAAAGGGAAAAGACAGUUGUCAAGGAGAUUCUGGAGGGGCUUUGAUAUCUAAGACAAGUCGACAAAUAGUUGGUACUAGUUCGUGGGGAGAUGGAUGCGCAAAAGCUGAUAAACCUGGAGUUUACACAUCUGUUCCAGAUCAUUUGGAAUUUAUAAGAGAAAAUAUGAAAAAUUGA